AUGGGGAAGAGAGGAAGGGCUUGUGUAGUUGUACUUGGAGAUCUUGGUCGAAGUCCUCGGAUGCAAUAUCACGCUCUUUCUCUUGCUCGUCAGACAUCAUAUCAAGUGGACAUUGUUGCAUAUGGAGGUUCUAUACCUCAUGAAGCUGUUUUAAAGCACCCAUCAAUCCACAUUCAUACCAUGGCUCAGCCUCGAUUCUUUCACCUCUUGCCGAAGAUGCUUUAUCCUGUAACUCUCUUGCUCAAGGCACUUAUUCAGUUUACAAUGCUUCUCUGGUUUCUUUUCGUCAAAGUACCAGCACCUGACCUUUUCUUGGUUCAGAAUCCUCCUUCUGUUCCAACACUAGUCGCUGUUAAGUGGGCGAGUUCAUGGAGGCGUGCAGCGUUUGUUGUAGAUUGGCAUAAUUUUGGUUAUACUUUGCUGGCGUUGUCCUUGGGAAGAAACAACGUCUUUGUAUCCUUAUACCGUUGGAUUGAGAUGCAUUACGGAAAGAUGGCUACAGAUUCGCUAUGUAUGACGAAAGCAAUGCAACAUGAACUUGAACAGAAUUGGGGAGUGAGAGCCAAAGUUUUAUAUGAUCAGCCUCCUGAGUUUUUCCGCCCUGCUUUGCUUGAAGAAAGGCACGAGUUGUUUUGCCGAGUGAAGAAAGAUCUUUGUCAUCCAUCUGGUGUUUAUGAUAUCAUUAGUAGAGAGUUGGAGAAUCAACAGCUUGACGAAACCCUUUUUACUACCAAAACUAAUGCUGACAUCUUGCUGAAGCAAAACAGACCAGCUCUCGUUGUGAGCAGUACAAGCUGGACCCCUGAUGAAAAUUUUGGUAUUCUAUUGGAAGCCGCAGUGAUGUAUGAUCGGCGUGUUGCUGCAAGAUCUAAAGGAAGUGAUACAGCCAAAAUUUCAGAAGAGCAGGACCUUUACCCCAACUUGUUGUUCAUCAUUACAGGUAAAGGACCUGAAAAGGAGAUGUACGAGGAGAAAAUCAAAAGAUUGAACCUCAAACAUGUGGCAUUCCGCACAAUGUGGCUUGCAGCUGAAGAUUACCCAUUGCUUUUAGGUUCCGCAGAUCUUGGUGUUUGCUUACACACUUCCUCAUCGGGUUUAGACCUUCCCAUGAAGGUUGUUGAUAUGUUCGGAUGUGGCCUUCCUGUUUGCUCUGUUUCCUACUCAUGCAUUCAAGAACUCGUUAAGGAUGGGCAGAACGGACUCUUAUUUUCAUCUUCGUCGGAAUUAGCAGAUCAGUUACUGGGCCUCUUCAAGGGCUUUCCAGGCAAGUGUGAUGCCCUACUUUCGCUUAAAGCGGGUGCAAUGGAGACUGGUUCUUCAGGUCGAUGGGCUACAGAGUGGGAAGCUUGUGCAAAACCUUUAAUUACUCAGGCAAAAUCCUCAAGCUCUCUCACUAUCUCACACGCAUAUACUUUUGUUUUACUACUCAAUAAGAUCUCGUGA